GUCUGUUUUGCAUAUCUAUCAAAACAGGCAACAUGGCGGAGGCCCAGGACCCUGCCAAAGACGCUAUCCGGGAUUCUAUCGCUAAAACUUUGCUUCCGCUCGAAGGAAUCGACUGCUUGAAACCUGAACAGAGUGCUGUGCUGGAACACUUUCUGUCUGGCAAUGAUGCCAUGGGACUCUUGCCCACAGGGUUUGGUAAAUCCCUGAUUUACCAGAUUGCUCCCGCUGCCUCUGGACUUUUGAGUUUCAGCGCCCAUUGUCCGAAGCACAUACAGACGGCGAAGUACCCGAUCCUCAUCGUUCUUUCUCCCCUUAUGGCGCUCAUCAAGGAUCAAGUCGUAGAAGCCCAGCAGUUUGGAUUGUCGGCCGUGUCGCUGUGUAACGCCAGUCCUUGUGACGAAAGGCGAAUUUUGGACGGAAGUUUCCAGUUAAUGUUUGGAAACCCUGAGACGUUCGUUCUUGAUCCAAAAUGGCGGGACAUGCUUCAGAGUACGGUGUUUCAAGAAAACCUCGUUGGAAUCGUCGUAGAUGAAGCCCAUAAAACGCCUAAUUGGGGAGAAGCUAAGAAAGGAGGGAAGGCAUUCAGGGAGACGUUCGGCAGGAUUGCUGAGCUUAGGUCACUGUGCAAGCAAGGGACACCAAUUUUAGCUCUGACAGCAUCAGCUGAUCCGCAGACAAGAAAGGACAUUGUUCGGCUACUGAAUAUGAGUAAGGACACUAAGUUUGUCGAAGGUUGUCCGAAUCGUAUUAAUAUUCGACUGUCUGCUAAUCGCAUAAAGCCAACUGACAACCUCUCCUGUUUGCACUGGAUCGUAUCUGGCGUGAAAGAAAACCCCACAGAGUUUGGUAAGGUGUUGAUAUACUGUAAAGAAUUUGACAAGUGCGGUGCUGUAUGGUGCCAUCUUAAGGCAGCACUAGGUGACCAGGCUUAUGUUGGCAAGAAGGUGUAUUAUAACUGCCGAAUACAGGUGUUCCAUAGCCAGUCACCGCCAGAGUUGAAGGAACACAUACUGCAUUCUUUCAGGAAAAAUUCAUCUGUGUUGUCCAUUGUAAUCGCCACCACAGCCCUGAGCAUGGGAAUCAAUUUCCCAAAUGUAAGGUAUGUUGUCAACUAUGGUCCACCUGAGGACAUGGAAGAUAUGUUGCAACAGAUUGGUAGGGCUGGGCGGGAUGGUGCACCCUCCCAUGCUAUUAUGUAUAGUUAUGCACAACAGAGGUGUAGCAAGGAUGUAAGAGAGUAUGCGAAAGGGCUGAAAUGUCUUAGAACUUUAUUGUACAACAAGUUUGAGUCAGUGCCGACCACAGUUCCACUUGAACCAGGCCAUGCAUGUUGUAAUUUUUGCCACAGUUCGUGCUCAUGUGACAGUGCUUCUAUGUCAUGUAGCGUAAGCGCCUAUGCCUUUGAACAGUUAACUCCCAAUGUAGUCAAAACAAGCCCAUCAUUACAAAGAAGUGUAAGUGAUGAACAGCGGGAGUUGUUGAGAGAAGGGCUCUACCAUUACAGACAUUCUAUAGUUAAGGGCAAAAGACUUAUGUUGUCAGUAGCACAAACUACUGGUUUAAGUCCAGACUUUAUAGAUGCUGUUGUGGACGAUUGUGAAUAUAUAUUUUCUGUAGAUUACAUUCUAGAGAACUUCAAUGUGUUGUCGCCAAAAUAUGCAGAGGGAAUCAUGCAGAUUGUGAACAAGGUGUUCCACGAUAAUUUAGACUUAGAUGAUCUAUUUGAUGCCAUCAGUGAUGAGUUGAGUAAUGACAUGGAACCUUCCGGUGACAAUCAUAUGCCACCAGCUAGCUGGGUCAGUUUGGAGACUCCCCCUGAAGGUGUCUUGGUAUUUCCCUAUGAUAAUGAAAACUAUGACAGUGACAGUGACUAGGUAGGUUCAAUGCAGUAUCAUCACAUUGCCAGUCUCAGGAAUUAGUCAUGACAGAACUGUUUAUGUUGUAACUUGUUGCAGGGAUGUAAGGAAGUUGCUAUAAAUGAUAUAGAAACACUUGCAACAUAACAAUGAAGUGGAUGUUAACAUUUAUGAAACAAAGUUGUAUAAUCGUUAUACAUGUAUACUGGUACUACAAUGUUGUUAUUAUUGUGCUUACCUGAAAAAAAUGUUCAUUAUAUAACAGACCUCAAAUUUAAAUUUGCCGAACAGUCCCAAAUUGAGGAAGAAAGGUCCAAAUCUGUUUUUUUAAGUAUGUAUCACAACAGUAUAGUUAAGUCAGAGUACAGUAUUUUUCUAUAAAAUUAU